GGCCAGGCCUCCUCUUUCUGCGUGCUCGUGCGGGGGCGGUUGAAACCGCUGGGCGCGAGGGGGCGUGGCUCGCGGCCGUACUCCCGCCCCGGGGCGGGGCGUCCCCAGUCGGCGCGGGUGGCCGUGCCGGGGGCGGGGCGCGCAUGCGGCUCGCGGCGGAAGGCAGGGAGAGUUUCCGGGGCGGGGGUCAGGCGGGUGGCGUGGGGGCCAUGGCGCGGCGGCAGAAGGCGGCGGCCGCGGGCAAGCGCGGGCCGCCUGCCGCGCUCCUCAGCCCGCCCUCCUCGGAGGACGAGGCCCCGGAGGAGGUGUCCUUUGGCGUGGCCAAGGAGGCGGCCGAGACCGAACGGAAGCUCGUGGGGGAGGCGGCCAGGAGGCACCGGGAGCUGCUGAAGGAGAAGCGGCGGCGGCGGCAGGAGCUGUUCACGGAGCAGAAGAAACGGAAGCUGCUGCCCGAUGCCGUGCUGAAGGAGCUGGCCGCCGCGCCGCCCGCACGAGCCGACGGGAGGGCUGCGGCAGCUAACCGAGGUAAACAUGGUGGAGAUGGGGCUGCAAAGCAGAGGAGAGGCCAAGCCCAGAGGCAGGUGAAGACAGACAAGCAAAGAAAGGGUGCCAGGUCAAAAGGAAACUAUACAGCUGUGCGCUUGAAAGAUCAGAGUUUAACAGGCCUCCACCUACAGCUCGCCAAAGACUUUUUAAAUACUCAGCUCUAUGGCCCAGACACCAACCGGGCACAGGCAAAUGAAUUUUUUUCCCUUGAAAAUAAGAAAAACCCAGUUAAAAAAGCUGCUGUUCAGUUUGUGGAUAAAUCUUGGGGGCAAGAAAAAAAGCAAAGAGCAACAAGGUUUAAAAAACAUUGGCUCUCAACACAGAUUAAAAAUCAAGUAUGAAGACAGUUUUUUCAGAAGAUGCAAUUAAGGACUUUUACUGAAAGUUAGUUUCUCUACACAACAAAGAUGUGUUUUCCCCUCUUCUCCAGCAUCACUCCUUUCUCAGCUCUAACCACCAGCCCAGGGCUGUUCCCAAACUGACUUCCCUGUUCUCAUCCCUCCCCUUUCAGAAGCAGCUGGAGAAGCUAAAACCCUGCUGGGCCAGGGCCCUGACACUGAUUUAGAGCAGCUGGUGUUAUGCCCAGGCUUGUAGAGCUGCCUCCAUGAGGCAGAACCUUUGCAGUGAAUAAAGAUGAACGAUGAUGUACUUA